AUGGGUGCAGGAGUAAAUCAAAAAAUUCAAGCCUGUUAUUUCUGUGCAAAUAAUUUGUUGGUAUCAAUUUUGCUUUUCCUUAGAGUCUUCAUUUUUGUCGAUAUCAUCCUAUUUUUACCCUGCGUUUCAGUCUCUGCAGUUUGUGCCUCUCACCUGUACUUUCUUAAUGUAAGAGGUUACAACAUAAUUCAAGCUAAAUUUGUUCCACAAAAAAAAUCUAGACUUGUAAAUAUUCUUGUGAGAUAUAACAACAAAAUUUGGCUUAACUUAUUUAAAAUUUGUGUUUGGAUAAUUAAUUUGUCGACUCAGAUGGACACUCGAAUAUGUGUAUUUAGAGAUGUCUGCGUUAUGAAAGAAUGUGGAAUCACAAGUCUAGCUUAA